AUCUGAGAUGUUAUGUUUUUAUUAAAAAUACACGAAUAUUUAUAUGCAUAAUUUGAUGAAUCAUUCAAAUGCGAACACAGUCAUGGAAUAUCAGUCGUCCGUGUCUUACAAGAUAGCACGAGGAGGAAUGAGCGAGAUACGGUCAACAUUAUAUAAACGAUGGCGCUUUAAUCCGGGGGUCACAAGAGACGAAAGAACCGAUUCCGAUACACCAGCGUGAAUACUAGUCCGGAGCCGACCGUAAAGAUCUCCGCACAUUUCAAUCAGAGUAAGCAAAAGUGAAAGUGCGCGUGAAAUCAGCAAGAAAAUCGAGAUCGCAAUUAUAUGUAUCUUGUCCUGUAAUCCUGAAACCGAUGCUGGGCCUCCGGAAUCUCAUCUUGCGACGCUAUUUCACCUUUAGUGCCGUUCUAUUUUCUGCAUGGUAGUCUGUUCUAUUAACAAAAAGAAAGCUUCACAACUGCCUUCUUAUAGUUUAAACCUACACUGUUAACAUUCACACGGCGAGCUAAUAUUCGAACAGUCGAUGAUGGCACAGCUCAAAGUGGCUAUCAUCGGGCAGAGUCCCUUUGCGGCGGAGGUUUACAAACUCUUGCGACAAAACGGACAUCAGGUCACCGGAGUGUUCACGAUUCCGGACAAAGGAAACCGCGAGGAUCCUCUGGCCGUCACUGCCAAGGCCGAUAACACGCCGGUCUUUAAGAUCAAAUCUUGGAGAAGCAAGGGAGUGAUCUUGCCCGAAAUUCUGGAACUGUACAAGAGCAUAGAGGCAGAUCUCAAUGUCUUACCCUUCUGCACUCAGUACAUUCCUAUGGAAGUCAUCAAUCAUCCUCGUCUCCGCACUAUAUGUUAUCACCCGUCUUUGCUGCCCCGACACAGAGGAGCGAGCGCUAUAAACUGGACGCUGAUCGAAGGAGAUGACAUCGCUGGAUAUUCGAUCUUUUGGGCAGACGAGGGCUUGGACACCGGACCUAUUCUUCUCCAGCGAUCCUGCAAAGUGGAACCUAAUGACACUGUGGACAAUCUGUAUAACAACUUCCUGUAUCCGGACGGUAUCAAAGGUAUAAGCGAAGCCGUGGACAUGAUAGCCAAAGGAAUCGCGCCCAAAAUACCGCAACCCGAGAAAGGUGCGACUUACGAUCCGAUGUUGAACAAGAAAGAACUUCAGAAGAUCGACUGGUCAAAAUCAGCAAAGGAGAUUCACAACUUUAUCCGUGGUUUGGACAGCACACCUGGAGCUUGGACGCCGUUGGACAAAGAGGAAGAGGUGCGUCUCUUCGGCUCGUCCUUGUGGAGCGAUAACAAGUUACCAGAAGCCGAAAGAGAAGUGGAUCUCGCAGGGCGAAAGGGAAUUAUUCAUCAGAACGGUCUGCUAAUAGAGGCUGUCGACGGACGAUUCGUGAACGUAGAAAGGCUCAAGAUCGGCAACAAGACUAUUCACGCCAGCAAAUACGGUCAAAUCGGCGGCAAUGAGACCGUGGAAUUCACGCAAGAGGAAGAAAAGAUCGUUGAAGGUCUGCGUCAAAUCUGGUCUGAUAUACUCAAACUAGAUGUUGAUUACGAAACGGAUUUUUUCGCUUCCGGCGCGGGCAGCAUGGACGUAGUGCGAUUAGUCGAGGAAGUCAAAGACAACUUUGGCGUAAGUCUACAAAACAUCGACGUCUUCAUGGCACCAGUUUUCAUCGAGUUCAUCACGACCGUUGUUCUUGCCACUCGAGGAAAUCUAGCUUCGAAGGAGAUCGUGUAUGACUCAGUGGAAGUACAGGCCAACAACAUGACUCUGAGAUUCCCUAGGCAGCUCUUCAUCGACGGUCAGUUUGUCAACGGACACGGCAAGCCUCUCGACACUAUAAAUCCUCACGACGAGAGUGUCAUCUGUACCGUGGAGAGCGCGACUGCUGAGGAUGUUGAUAAAGCCGUCAGAGCCGCUAAGAAAGCAUUCGAGGAAGGCGAGUGGGGCAAGAUCAGCGCCAGAGAACGUGGCGCGUUGUUGUUCAAAUUAGCGGAUUUGAUGGAGCAGCACAAAGAGGAACUGGCCACUCUGGAGAGUCUCGAUUCCGGAGCGGUCUACACCCUCGCUCUGAAAACCCAUAUAGGCAUGUCUAUAGAGACCUGGCGAUAUUUCGCCGGUUGGUGCGACAAGAUCCAAGGCUCGACCAUACCCAUCUCGCACGCGCGUCCGAAUCGAAACCUGACCUUCACACGACGCGAACCGAUUGGCGUCUGCGGCCUGGUCACGCCCUGGAACUACCCCCUGAUGAUGCUGUCGUGGAAGAUGGCGGCGUGUUUGGCGGCCGGAAACACCGUAGUAAUGAAACCCGCUCAAGCCUCACCUCUGACCGCUCUCAAGUUUGCCGAGCUUUCUGCGCGCGCCGGUAUUCCAUCGGGUGUCAUUAACAUCGUCUGUGGAUUUGGCACCUCUGUUGGCAACGCCAUAGUAGGACACCCGUUCAUCAGGAAGCUUGGGUUCACCGGUUCAACGCAGGUCGGUCAGUCGAUCAUGAGAUGCUGCGCCGACAGCAAUCUUAAAAAGGUAUCGUUGGAGCUCGGCGGUAAAAGUCCUCUCGUCAUCUUCGAGGACGUCGAUCUGCAGCAAGCGGUCAGAAUCGGCAUGGGUAGCGUAUUCUUCAACAAAGGAGAGAACUGCAUCGCUGCCGGACGACUUUUCGUGGAGGAAACAAUUCACGACGAGUUUGUGAGACGCGUGGUGGACGAGGUGAAGAAAAUCACCAUCGGCAACCCGUUAGAGAGAAGCACGGCUCACGGACCGCAGAAUCACAAGGCCCAUUUGGACAAGCUCUUGGAAUACGUACAGAAAGGAAUUGAGGAGGGUGCACGGCUAGUCUACGGCGGCAAGAGAUUGAACCGUCCGGGUUGGUACUUCGAGCCCACGGUGUUCACGGACGUGACCGACAACAUGUACAUCGCCAAAGAGGAAUCCUUCGGCCCCGUCAUGGUCAUCUCCAAGUUCAGUUCGAAAAACACGGACGAGAUGAUUGCACGGGCGAACAACACGGAGUUCGGUCUGGCCUCGGGAAUUCUCACCAAGGAUAUCGGCCGAGCGCUGAGGUUCGCGGAAAAAAUCGAAGCCGGUACGGUGUUCAUCAACACGUACAACAAGACGGACGUGGCGGCUCCUUUCGGCGGCUUCAAGAUGUCGGGAUUCGGCAAGGAUUUGGGACAAGAGGCACUCAACGAGUAUCUGAAGACGAAAACGAUCACUAUCGAAUAUUGAUUGAUGAUCGCGAUUAUUCGAUUAUAUCAGAGUGAUAAAAUAUAGUAUUUUAAACAUUCAUGUCGCUAUGUCGUUUUUAAUAUUAUGAUUUUCUGUGCAAUAUAUUGUACGCAUAUAUUGAAGUACAUCAUGAAGAUUCUCGAAUUUUCUGCGCGCAGGAUAAAAAAAUCGUUAAAAGUA